UUCGGGACACAAUAAUGCAGAAUCAGAAAAACAAUGACUCAAUCACAAGUGAAUCUAUCGUCUCAAAAUGUCAUUUCAGUUGUAGAGACCAUACGAAGAUCUGCGAACUACAAACCAAACAUUUGGAAAUACCAUUUUUUGCAGUCACUUACCAGUAAAUACAAUAAGGAAGAAUUUGUGAUUCAGUUAAACCAGCUGGUGAUGGAAGUAAAGGGUCUUUUUGUUCAAGAGACUUGCCUGUUGAAAAAAUUAGAGUUGGUUGAUUGGAUCCAAAAGCUAGGUCUUACCAACUAUUUUCAAAAGGAAAUCAAUGAGUUUCUUGAAUCUAUUCUUGUCUAUGUCCAAAAUGGCAACAUUAAUCCUAAUGUAGAACAAAAUUUGCAUGUAUCUGCACUAUGCUUCAGGCUACUACGACAACAUGGAUAUCCAGUUUUGCCCGAUACAGUAAGCAGCUUUUUAGAUGAAAAGGGUAAAGUGAUGAGGAAAAACUCAAAUGCUGGUGGCGAUGCUAAAGAUGUUGUGGAGCUUCUUGAGGCCUCACAUUUGGGCUUAGAAGGAGAAACUAUUUUGGAUGAGGCCAAAACUUGUGCCAUAAAUUCUCUUAAGGAUGCUUCCAUCAACAUCAACCAACUAACCAAAAUGGUCCAUGCCUUAGAGCUUCCAUCCCAUUGGAGAGUUCCAUGGUUUGAUGUCAAAUGGCACGUGGAGCAAUACAAAAACGAGAAAAAUAUGAACCCUCUUUUACUUGCAUUGGCUAAAUUAAAUUUCAACAUGAUUCAGGCCACACUUCAAUCGGAGGUCAAGGAAUUAUCCAGGUGGUGGGAGAAUCUUGGCAUAGAAAAAGAGUUGAGUUUUGCAAGAAAUAGGUUGGUUGAAAGCUUCAUGUCUGCAGUAGGAGUUGCUUUUGAGCCCAAGUACAAAUCCCUUAGGAAAUGGCUCACUAAAGUUAUUAUUUUCGUACUAGUCAUUGAUGAUGUUUAUGAUAUACACGCUUCAUUUGAAGAGUUAGAGCCAUUCACAAUGGCGUUUGAGAGAUGGGACGAUAAAGAGGUUGAUGAACUUCCAGAGUACAUGAGAAUUUGCGUCCAUGCACUUAAAGAUGUCACAGAUGAAAUUGCUUAUGAAAUUGGCGGGGAAAAUAACUUUCAUUUGGUGUUACCUUACCUAAAGAAAGCGUGGAUAGACUUUUGCAACACAUUGUACGUGGAAGCAAAGUGGUACAACAAGGGUUACAUUCCAUCGUUGCAAGAAUAUUUAAGCAAUGCUUGGAUUUCAUCUUCAGGGCCAGUAAUUUUCUUGCAUUCAUAUUUUGCUACAAUGCAUCAAGCAACCAAUGCGAAUCAUGAGAUAGGCGAUUUUCUACACACUUGUGAAGAUUUGAUCUACAAUGUAUCUCUUGUUAUUAGACUGUGCAAUGAUUUAGGGACCAGCGUGGCUGAAAGAGAAAGGGGUGAUGCUGCUUCGUCAAUCCUUUGCUAUAUGAAUGAAAUGGAAGCUUCGGAGGAGAAAGCAAGAAAGCAUAUCCAAGACAUGAUAAACAAAGCAUGGAGAAAGAUAAAUGGGUUUUGUUUGAGCCAAGUUGCUUCAGUGGAGCCAUUUGUAACUCAAGCCCUAAAUAUAGCUCGUGUGGCCCAUACCCUUUAUCAAAAUGGUGAUGGGUUUGGUAUCCAGGACCGUGAUAUCAAAAAAUAUAUCUUAUCACUAGUUGUGGAGCCACUUUAGA